AUAACAUCGAAGGCGACUGUUUGCUCAUCGAUCGACGUCACGCGUCUCGUGAAUCUCAAAGAGGCUGCACCCGUGGCUGUUGCAUCGCCGCCGGAGUCCCCGAGGGCUGCCCUCCGCCGUUCUCUAUCCAGAGCAGCUCGAACGAACCUCGUGUCAUCGAAGGGUUAACAGCGGGAGCGAGAUUCGCGUCGGAAGAAAAGGAGAGGGCGAGAGGUAGAGAGAGCGAGAGAGAGUGUGCCGUUCUCUCGGACGAGGGGCGGUCACGUCGAGCGUCGCCGAAACGGGAGAAGAAUCACCCCGCGCGGCACCGGUGGCUCAUCAUACUCGAGUGGACAAACCGCCGACAAACAAUAGGGACCUGGCCGGUGGCUUCCGAUGGGGUCGUAGCCGCCGCAGCGCAGCGCGCGCGUAUUCGUAACGGCGUAUCGCAAUGAUAGGCUAGCCGGUAGCGGCAGGAAGAGAUCGUCGUAGGGGGAGAUCGCCAUAGCUAAUAGUACCACCCAAGGUGGCACAGAUUGAGAGCCCCAUCAGCACACAUCCUCUCCUGGCUAACGAGAUACCCGGCUCUCUCGUCCAUCCAGUUGGUGCGCGCCGUUACGCCGCUCGUCGCUCGUCGCCGACGACGUCGUGCGUCAGCUUCCGAUCGGCCGGGACCAAUUCCGUUCGACGUUGAUUCGAAAGAGCUUGCGACGAGUCGGAAGAGGAAGGGAGUGGAAGAGGAGGUAGAUCGGUCUUGGGGGCUUGGCCGCUGAUCGACGCCUGGAGCAUCUAAUUCUUCAUCCCCGUCAUCCGCGCGCGCCUGUCCUCGACCUCUUUUUUCCCUUCGUCCUCCGUCGCGUCUCAUCCCUCUCGGCUUAAAUCGCGCCGCGCCAGCGUCACCGCCUCGACGUGCCGUUUCACUCACGAAGAAACGGCGACGUGAGAGGGACCGAGGGAGAGAGAGAGAGAGAGGAGAGGCAAGCAAAUUCGCUCUUGGUGCCCCUCGACGUGAUCCAGCUCCGGCGAUUCUCUUCCCCAUCGGGACGCCCCGGCCGCUUCCGGCUAACUGGAAGUGAACGCUCUAUGUAAACGAUUGCCGAGCGCGGUUCUCAUUGGAACGCACAGGACGCAGGAAGCGCAUCAUGGAAGUGGCAAGCGAGCUGUCGCCGCUAUCGGGGGCGGAGAACCAGGACAGAAUCAAGGAGAGGAGCUCGUACUAUCCCCAGGAACCCAACAAGAGGCCGCAGACCGUGGGGGAGAAGAUGCGAGCGUGUCUGAGCCACAACGCGCUCACUAUUCUUACAAUGUCCGGCGUCUUCGGCGGCGUGAUACUCGGCAUAAUUCUGCGAAACACCCGAGAGAAAUGGACGCCGCGCGAGAUCAUGUAUAUCAAUUACUUCGGCGACCUGUUCCUGCGGAUGCUCAAGAGCUUGAUCCUGCCGUUGAUCAUCUCAAGCCUGGUAUCGGCCAUCGGCUCGCUCGACCUGUCGCUCAGCGGCAAAAUCGGCGCGCGUGCGAUCGGCUACUACGUGGUAACGACCAUCUCAGCCGUCAUAUUAGGUAUAAUUCUCGUCAUCACGAUCCGGCCUGGUGAGGGAAGCUCCGCCGCGGAGAGCAAAAGGCCGCCGCAAAAUGUUUCUACCGUCGACACAUUGAUGGACUUGGUCAGAAACAUGUUCCCACCGAAUCUCGUGCAAGCCUGCAUCACUCAGUAUCAAACUUAUCCCAAGCCGCCUGAAAAUGCCAGUGGCAACAUUCCCGUGGACGAGUGGGAAAUGGGGGAGAAGGAGGUCUCGGGCUCCAAUAUCCUUGGGCUCGUUGUGUUCGCGACGGUGCUGGGCAUCACCCUUGCUAAAAUGGGACAGCAAGCGAAGCCGCUGCUCAACUUCUUCGACUCGCUGUCGGGCGCUAUGAUGGUGAUUACGCGAUGGGUGAUAUGGCUGUCGCCGGUCGGCAUACUCUCCCUGGUCGCUGCGAAGAUCACGGAAAUGAAGUCGCUCGACGAGAUAGUCGGCCAGCUUGGAAUGUACUUCCUUACCGUGCUGAUCGCCUUGCUCAUACACGGCUUCCUGGUGCUGCCCGGAUUGUUCUUCCUCCUCACAAAGAAGAAUCCCUACGUCUACAUAUCGCACAUGGCAGAGGCGCUCGUCACUGCCUUCGGCACGUCAUCGAGCUCGGCGACGUUGCCGCUCGCCAUCAACUGUCUCGAACAGAAUAACGGCAUCGAUCCGCGUGUCACCAGAUUCGUCAUGCCAAUAGGCGCUACCGUAAACAUGGACGGUACCGCCCUUUACGAAGCUGUAGCUGCCAUUUUCAUUUCGCAAGUGCGCAAGGUCCCCCUUUCCUUUGGCCAGCUGGUAGCGGUGAGUAUCACGGCGACCUUUGCCAGUAUCGGCGCUGCUGGAAUACCUCAAGCAGGCUUGGUCACAAUGGUGAUGGUGUUGGAGACGGUGCGACUCCCGGCCAACGACGUCUUCUUAAUCAUCGCGGUCGAUUGGCUACUAGAUCGAUGUAGAACGACCGUGAACGUCAUCGGUGACUCCCUUGGCGCGGGGAUCGUUCAGCAUCUCAGCAGGAACGAGCUCGCGGCGCUGCCGCACAGCACGCAGCAGACGCAAAACGGAGCCGAUUGCCACGCGACCACGUCGAUAUGAGCUGGGAUGCUACGUUAGUCGUCGAGCCGCGGUCACGAAGUCGCUUCGCGAGCGGAGGAUCGACCAUCCACGGCAUGGCAAACAUAUCGGCACUUAUCGCGCGACUUAUCGUUGGAAUAUUGCCGUAAUUUCUUGAGCUUGCAAGACUCGGAGUCGAAUCCGAGGAUUUAAAAAAAUAUAUAUAUAUACAUAAGCGAGUAAAUGAAUUAAAGUUUAAGGAUUAGGAUUAAGAGAAUAUGAAUAAAUUUCUGGACGACAACAUGAUAUUACUCGUUACAGCCGUGUCAUGUCUGAGAUUUC